AUUGGCUGUGGUGCCGGGGGGCGGGCCCCGCGCGCCGGCAGAGGUUGGUUGCGGCGGCGCCGGGUUACAUAGGGCGGAGCACGGCGUGUCCUUGGGCCAGACCCAGCCGGGGCUGUCGGAGCGCGGUCACCGCCAUUGAGGGCGCAGCGGGGCAGCCGGGCAGGCAGUGCUGAAAAUGGGAGAUAUCGAGAAGGGCAAGAAGAUCUUUGUCCAGAAAUGUUCCCAGUGCCACACAGUCGAGAAGGGAGGGAAGCAUAAGACUGGACCCAACCUGCAUGGCCUGUUCGGACGCAAGACUGGACAAGCUCCAGGUUUCUCGUACACGGAUGCUAAUAAGAACAAAGGUAUCACCUGGGGUGAGGAUACUCUGAUGGAGUAUUUGGAAAAUCCAAAGAAGUAUAUCCCAGGAACAAAGAUGAUUUUUGCGGGUAUUAAGAAGAAGACUGAGAGAGCAGACUUGAUAGCAUACCUCAAAGAUGCCACUGCAAAGUAAAAGUUAUCUGCUGCCUUAUUUAUUUCACAAAGGAGAUGGCAAGGGAAAUGUCUGUGAUGGUUUUUAAACUUUCUAUUUUUACAUGUACUGUGUCUAACCUUAAAAUCUGUCUGACCCAUCAGAUAACCUUGCUCACGGUGGGUCACUGGGGCACACGCUUGUUUGGCAGCCAUUAACUUAACAGAAACUAUGUAAUUGGGUUCAUGAUCAUAAAGAUUAAAAAGAAAAAAAAAAACAAAACUAAAAGCAUUUCCUGCCUCUUCAUUGUUUAAAAAAGGUAUAUAAAUAAUCAAAUGAGUCAUUGUCAGCAGCAUACUAGCUUUGACAGCCCAACUCUUUCAGAUUAAAAAGCAGGGUGGUUUUUGGCAUCUUCCACCAUACAUUACUUUAAAGACUUAAAAAACAACCUACCAGCAAAACAACAAAGACUUAAAAACACUCAACCCUAACAUAAUAUUUUUCUAAAUUUAAUCAGUGCUAGGUGUUGCAGUAUAUAUCAAUCUGUCUAAAGCUUGCAUUAAUGAUGCAUUUCGUCUGAUAUAAGUAUUUGUGAAAUGGCAGUUGUGCCCAGCCACUUGUCUUUUAUCUGGGGGAAGCAUGUCACCUGAUUCAUCCAGACUUUUGACACUGCAUGUACCACAGGGUGUAACUCCCCUUCAGAAACAUCUUCAGUUUUGAAGUGUUAUUGAAGCCCUUCAUUCAGUACAUCUUCUGAAAACAGCCAUUCUUAGUGGAAUGAAUAGAACAGAGAAACAUCCUGAUCUGGAAAUACAAGUGCUAAAAACCAAGCUGAGAGUUAUUUAAUCUUCUUAAUUCAGCAGAAGGGUUCACCUAAAAUCUUAUGUUGCAGUUUCAGAUGAAGGGGUACAGGAGUGAAUGUGCUGGUAGACUAGAAAACAAAACACAGAAGUCUUCCUCUGUGCCUGGCUGUAGCCUGUCAUUACUUCAGAAGGUUCUGUUACGCACAUUGUAAAGCAGUGUUUUUAGUGUUUUAACUGUUUUAUUUCGUACUAGGCAAGUUGUUCAGAAGAAUGUAUUUGCUGUGUACCAACAGUAAGGCAUAACUUGGAGCAAUCAAUACUGUAAAUUAAAAAAAAAUUAAAGUUU